GGGAAAUGUGCUUAACCUCAAAAAAAACUAGAAAUUUUCGUUGCGCACUGUUGGCGUGAAUCGUUAAAGUUACCAAAUCAAGCCGACAAAAAACCAAAAGUUACUAACCGACUAGCUUUUUGCCGCUCCAAGUAAAAAAUUGUGCAAGUAAUGGCCGGUAAACGACGUCGCCCUAGCACAACCGAAGCCGGAGCCACCAAGCCCAAGCGCGCGAAGUUCACUUUAGACAGCGUGAAAUUACCAGAGACUACUCGUGAAGGGGUUCUGCUUGUUACGGGAGCCGGCGACUGCGGCCAAUUGGGUUUGGGGCCCGAUGUGUUGGAGAAAAGUAGGCCCGCGCUAGUGCAAACAAGUGAUGAAAUUGUCGAUAUUUGCGCUGGGGGUAUGCACACGGUUUGCUUGACCAAAGAAGGCAAAAUUUUGAGUUUUGGGUGUAAUGACGAGGGGGCACUUGGACGUAUCACGGAGGGCAAGGAGGAUGCGGAAUCCACUCCUGGCGAGGUUGAGUUGCCUGGGAAAGUUAUACAGAUUACGGCGGGGGAUUCACAUUCGGCUGCGUUACUGGACGAUGGGAGGGUGUUUGCAUGGGGGACAUUUCGUGACUCACAUGGUAAUAUGGGCCUGACUUUACGAGGAAACGAAAAGUUACCUUACGAAAUUAUCCAGGAGGUACACGUUAUCAAAAUAGCGUCAGGGGCCGACCACAUUGUUUUUUUAACAAACCAUGGAGAAGUUUACACUUGUGGAUGUCCUGAGCAAGGACAAUUGGGCCGAACGAGCGAGAGAGGUAGCAGUAGGAAUGCUAGAAGUAAUAUGGGCAAGGGACAAAUAGCAAAAUUGUUACAACCCACAAUCAUCAGUCUAAAGCCCAGUUUAAAGCUUCAUUUUGACAACAUCUGGGCUGGCACUUAUUGCACGUUUGCCAAAGUGGCCGGCAAAAGUGAUAUUUACGUCUUCGGACUUAACAAUUAUAACCAGUUAGGUUUAAAAAGCUUAGCACCUCAGUAUUUACCAAUACUUUCCAAGGAGUUUUCCAAAUACAAUUGGAGCAUGAUUUCGUCAGCUGAACACCACACUAUUGCGUUGACUGAAAAUGGAAAAACUUACGCCAUUGGUAGGAAGGAUUACGGGCGUCUGGGGCUAGGCAAAGAUUGUGAGGAUGCAUCAGAGUUGACUGAAAUCCCAGCUUUAAAGGACAAAACUGUUGUUUAUGUGGCUUGUGGCUCGUCCACUUCUUUCGCAGUCACUGACAAAGGGGAGCUUUAUGGCUGGGGUAUGGGAACAAAUGGCCAGUUAGGGAAUGGUGAAGAAGAAGAUUGUUUCGAACCCACUUACGUGAAAAGCAAGCAGCUGACAGACAGGCCAGUUUUUAAAGUCAGUGCCGGAGGACAACAUGCUGUUAUUUUAGCAACAAAUUCGAAUAAUAAUAAAGGUGACUCUUAACAAUUGCUUCGAAGUGAGUAUUUGUCAAUUUAGCUGCAACAAUAAUUUUGUGUAUCCAGGUAGAGAUACACUCACAUUUUUUAUUUGAUUGAAUGUUGGAGAAUUGAGUACCGUUUUUGUAUAAUUUGUAUUGUUCACUGCCGUUACGUUAAUGUUCUUAGUAUUCGUUUGGUCAAACAAGAAGUGAAAAUAUUGUUAUUGUUAGUGCAGCAAUUAUAUUUUGAAACUUU